AAAGUUCAAAACAAUUGCGUUUGUCUGUGUCUGUCUCCGUCACGCGCACCCCCCACCAUCCCGCGCUCCCUGCUGCCUAGGGCAAACAGCAGAAUAUUCGUCAUCAGCUGGUCUCUAGCUUAUCGCUCUCUCCAUUCCCGUUGCAUUUCGGAGAAAGAGAGAGGCACCGAGCGAGAGCAUUCACAUAUUUACAAUUUUCUGCUCCUGCCACGCGCGACGACGUCGCUGACGUUAUUUUCUGGGCCGAUAUUGCAGUUGGAAAGUAUAGAUUGCCUCGCAAACACGAACCACACACACAUCUAGGGUUAAUUGCCAGACCCGCUGCCAAUUAAGCGGAAGCGCCGUGUAGCUCUUCUCCCACCAAAUCGCCAACGACUCCGCACACACACACACGUAGCUAGAGAUCGGAGCCACCAUGGAGACUUCUGCGGACGCGCUCGUCGAGGAGCAGAAGCUCAUGGCGGAGGCCAAGUACCGCACCUACAUGACCAACAUAGACAAGGCGCUGCGCAAUUUCGAGUACUCCAGCGAGUGGGCGGAUUUGAUAUCAGCACUGGGCAAGCUCAGCAAGGCCAUAUCGAGCAAUACGCAAUACCAGGUCAUUCCACGUCGCCUGAAGAUAGCUAAGCGUCUGGCACAGUGCAUGCAUCCCGCCUUGCCCUCCGGCGUUCAUCUCAAGGCCCUGGAGACGUACUCGGUGAUAUUCAGCAAGACGGGGCCAGAGCGCCUGGCCACGGAGUUUAUAUACAGCGCUGGUCUGUUCCCGCUACUCGGCUAUGCCGCCAUGAACGUGAGGCCCGCUUUGCUGGCCAUCUACGAGAACUACUUUGUGCCGCUGGGCGACAAGCUGAGGCCUGCGCUGAGCGGCUUUCUCAAUGGCGUCUUGCCCGGCUACGACUGUGGCUUGGAUCACUUUGAACGGAUUAGCUCUCUGCUCAAGCAAGUGUGCAAUGCCGUGAAUCCCAUGCACUUCUACACGGUGCUCUGGGAGUCGGUGGCAAACAAUGCGGCUAUAAGGCUGCCGGCCAUCACCUAUCUGCUGGAGCACUUCAACAAGCGACUGGACAUGCAGGAGCAAAUCUACAUCAUGGGCCACAACAGGGAGAUUAUGAUGUCGGCGUUGUGCGCCUGCCUGAAUGAUUCUUUGAUCCUGGUGCAGCGCAACACCCUGGAGUUCCUGCUGCUAGGCUUCCCCAUGCACACGGCUCUGCUCAGCGAGGACGAUCUGGUGAAGCUGGUCACCAAUGGGCUCAAUACCAUCCUCAGGCGGGAUAUGUCGCUAAACAGGCGACUGUUCAGUUGGCUGCUGGGCAGCGAAGUGGCCAAGAACUCGCCCACCUAUGACACCCUUUCACUGGACACCACGAAUGGCCCGGAGGAGGAGCCGGAGCCGGAACCGUACUUCGUGAAGCAUUCGCGGCACAUCCUUAUUCGAGCUUUAAUCACCACGCUGCGGCUGAGCCUAGAUUGCUCGCCCAUGGACCUGAAGCCCUACAGGAUCAUGCUUUCCCUGCUAGACAAGGCGGAGAUUGGCAGCGCCGUACUGGACUAUGUCCUGCAUGACAUUAUGCGCGCCAUGUACAUCUCCAGCGGGAAUGCUGAGGCCUUAAAGUCCGCCAACCUUCUGUUUGCCACUUUCGAUCCUGCGUAUAUUUGGAGCUACAUGACCAACAUGUUCGAAAGAGCCUGCCAGCAGGCCAACGCCUCGCAGGAGAGGGUCCAACAGGGAGAAACCUCUGGAAGAUACGACUGCGAUGUGGGUUCGGGGGAUCCCUGUGUGCUAGAGAUCUGCGUGCUAACCGAAUUCCUACUGGAAACCGUCUCUCUGGAGAUGUACACGGAGACCACAAGGGUGUAUCUGCCGAAGGUCUUUCUGGCCAUCACCCAGUUGCUGUCCCUCCACAUGGAUCGCGUGAGCAGCAGCGAGAUUACGGCCUCGCUCAAGCUCUGCAUGAAAAUCGUCUCCAGGGUCCAGCCCAUGAUAACAAGUCCCAUAAAACUGAACAAGCUGAUAGAGCAGAACGGUGGCUCCUCGUCGGACGAGAAGAUCACCGUGAAUUCGGUAAGUGACAAAGUGGAGGCGCCCAGCAGUUCCCUGGAGAAGAGCAAGUCGGACUCGCGACUAAAUCAGUUUGCGGAGAACUCACUGCACGGCACCGAUCCCAACAACGAUGAGGAGCUGAUUCGGCGCUCGGCCUCCAAUCAGAGUGUGGGUCGGCACAGUCCCAACAAGAAGAAGGCCAAGUCUAUUUCCAGGCUGUCUGAGCUGGACAAGGAUAUCAGCGCCUCGGACACACCGCAGUCCUCCUCGGAUCUUGACACUCCGCGGAGCAUUAAGAAGCUCAAGGCCAAGGCCAAGGUGCCAUUCAUACGCAGUCCCAAAAAGCAGCGGCCUAAGGACAUUGCCCUGGUUCAGUCAAACACUACAAGCAAUGCCGGCGAUGGUCCUAGCACCGAGGAACCCAAGAGUGCUCCUCCAGAGCAAUCCCCGCAGUUCCAGCUGGACGAAGAGAGCCGGGCCACACAGCAGCGGGGUUUCUCAAUUCUGGAGAAAUGCAUCCGCCAGUAUGAGAUCUUCUUCGAAGUUUACCUGGCCCGUAAGAUACUCCAGAUCCAAGCGGAGCCCAAGGAAUGCGCGGUGAGGGUUCAGUUGCAGAGAACCACCAGUACGAGUCACACCUCCAAUCUGUUUCUGGCCGAGCAAGUCCUAGAGCAUGAGUGCGCCGAGCGAGAGUCACAAAUAGAGAGGCUGUUCAACUUGCUCCGCGUGGACAUAGUGCCGCGCUCCAAGCAGCUGCAGAGGCUGUUGAAUCGUUCCCUGCCCCUGCCUGUCAGUGCCAGUGAGCUAAGCAGCGACAGCGAGGCACAGGAGGAAAAACAACAGAGUCUGCUCAUCGAUGGGCAAACGCAACGCAGUGUCCAGCAGUUGUCGGAGCUCCAGCUGAGCGUAUCCCUUCGUGGAGCUGUCAAACUGGCAGCUACUCUGCUCGUGGAGAUGUCGACGUUUCCCAACUGCAACAAGCACAUUGUUCUAGACAGGAAUGAGCCUGAAUUACCCAACUGGCUGAAGGUCCUCUGCCUGGUGGCAUGUUUUGCUCAGAGCGACAAAGAGCUACAGGUCUCGGCCAUUACCACGCUCUUCGAUCUCAUCAGCCUUUUGCGUUCGCAAAUCGAGCACACGACCAGUCCCGGUGUCACUUUUGUGGUAAUGCUGCCGCUGCUCAAGUUCGGCCAUGUCAGCUACAUGGAACAGCACUCUCGCGUCUUCCAGCUGGUGAGCUCCAUACUGUGGGAUUACCUAGGAGCCGCCGGUAUAGAUCCAGCCCAGAUUGCAGCGCUCCUCCAUCAGCUGCACAGUUGCCUGGAGAGUGGGCUGGUGGAAACGGUAAUUGGCAAUCGGAUGCAGGCACAACAUCUCCUCCAAAUUCAACCGCCUUUCCUUGGCCGGACAGCCUUGCGCAGCUUCCAGAUGGAACGCCUGGCGGAUGCCCAGCUGCUGUGCCCCACGGAAUCAACGGAGAAACUGCGCGAGAGCCAGGCGCGCAGCUUCAAGAAGUUCGAGCUGCUGUGGCACCUGGGCAGAGCCAAGCAGCCGACGCGUGGGUUUGAGAAGACGCUUCUUAAGGUGCUGGACACCUUGGCGCUGCCUCACUACAUGUCGGAGCGGACGUUUGUGACCAACUGGUUGCAGGCUUCGUUGCUGCGUGGCGAUCUCGCCCGGGUAACCAAGCCGCUCUACAAGAUCCUACUCUCCGCCAGCUCCAAGCGCGUGGGCAUCGUUCACAUGCAGCAGUUGUACCGCGAAGCCGAUGCGGAAGUCACGCCUGCCUUUGAGCGCGACGUAUACGCCAUCAGCUCGGAGCAGGGCAACGUGAAGUAUCAUCACAUGGAGACCACCAGCGGGGGUAAGAAGAAGAGCCCCAUCCGGAACUUCCCCAAGAAGAUCUUUGGGGUCACACUGAGCGGCGGCAAGGCCAACAAGGUUUCCAACUUCGUGAGCGACAAAGCGGCAGCAACAACGGUGACCAGCAGCAGCGAGGCAGCCCAGGAUGUCAGCACCAUCGGCCUGAUCAUCAAUCCACUAGAAAAUGCUAACGACUUUGACGACGAAACGGAUCUGGAGGAGCCGCGGAUCGAGAUACCUCACAAGGAGACGCCGCUGGAGCAGAAGCUGGCCUGUGCCAUGGACGAGAGCGAACAGCCCUCGCAGGAGCAAGAGCAUUCGCAACGGGGAGCCCAGCAGCCCGACCAGAGCCUCCACUUUGACCAGGAUAUAACGGACAACUCGGACAGCAGCGACUUCGAGUCGGACUCGGAGCUGCGCGAGACCAGUCUGGAGAAGGAGGACAGUAUCACGGUGAGUUCGAGUGCCGGUAUCAGUGACGAUGUCAAGCGCUUUGUCGGCGACUGCGAGCGGGUCACCGAGGCCUUGUCGCAGCACGAGAAGAUCAAGAGCCGAAAGACGUACCGCCUGACCAGAGAGAAGACACCCGGAGAGUGCAGUCUCAACUCGCUGGAGUCUCAGCAAAAGGAGCAAGAGCAGCAGAGCACGCCCGACCUUCAAGCGGAUGCCUUGCCGGCCGACGAGUAUUUCCGGGAGGACAAAAAGAUGGGCAAGCGCAAGAAACUGUUGAUUGCCGGCGAGAAGAAGCGUCUCAGCUGCAUCUCAAAGACCUCCACGGACAGCAAUCUUAGUGGUUCGCACGUAGAGCAGCCAGAGCUUGAGGAGGAAUCAGAGGAGCCGGCCACAGAGUCCACAAUUAACGUAGAGGAUAAGCGCCGCAACCUUAGCUUGGAGACGAGCAAACUCCAGCCGGAUAUGCAGAAGACCCUGGAGAAGGGCAAGCAGAAUGUAGAGAUCUUGCGUCAGAACAAUGCUGCAGCAGCAGCCGCUGCAGCGGCUGCGGAGGAGCAAACGUGCAGCCUGCGCAGCUCUAUGAAGAGCAGCACUUCCCUCACCGACGCCGCUCACCUGUACCACAACCACUUGCUGCUCUACCUGGCCAUCUACGAUACGCGCCAGACGCUGUACGCCCUGCAGACCCUGCGCAAUAUCAUCUGCUGCGAUCGUCGCACCUUCCUCUGCCUUUCUAUCACCACGUCCUUCUCCAGCGGCAGCCUGAAGCAGCUGCUGGUGCGCCAUCGCAAGAGCAUCUCCGGCAAGGGCUUCGACGGCAGCGUGGGCAGCUCGGAGUACGCCCAGGCCUCGGGCUGCAUGCAGCUGGAGCUGUUGGUCACACUAUGCCUGUUCUACGCCCGUGGCUACUUUCAGAGGGAAUCGCUGGACGCCCAGAGGCAGCCGCCUACGCUGCAGGACAUCGUGAAUAACCGAAGGAUCCAGCUGGAGAGCAUUGAGCUACUGACGGUGAUCUGCUCUGAGCUGAUCGAGAUCGUCAAGGGAAUGGGCACAGGGCUGGCCCGCUACAUCGCUGACCUCCUAGCCCGUGCCAAGCUUCAGAAGGUGAUGCUGCACUGCCUCAAUAGCUCCGUGUGCAGCUAUGGCCGCAGCAGGACCACCUCCAACUCGGCCAGCUAUGCGGAGCAGGUACUCAGCUUUAACGAUCCGCAGGAUGACCAGCUGCAUGCCGAUUGCUUCCAACUGCAGCUGCUACGCCUGCUGCUUGCCGUGAUUCGGCUGGAGCACGAGGUGCAUCAGGUGCGGCAGGAUACGCCGCCCACAGCGGGCGAGGAUACGGCGGGCAAUGCCUCGCCCACCCGCCUGACCGAAGGAGCGGCGGCGGCCAAUGUCAAGUAUCUGCCCAACUGCCUGAUUAGCCAGCAGCCCAUGUUCCUGGCCGCCGUCUUGGGCGCCCUGCAGCAGGAACGACUGCGCCACCUGCACCGCAACUGGACAGACCUGGUGACCUCCUCGCUUAACUGCUUCUCCUUCGGCUCUCUCACCAAUAUCGUGAUCAGCGUGGUUCACCAGCUGUGCAGCAAUCUGGAUCGUCUGGCCAAACUGCCACUACCCCAGCAGCGACAUUUUCCGCCGGACUAUGUCGUAUCCCAGCUGGAGGCCCUGACCAUCCUUUGCCACUACUGCCUGCUGGAUAACACGCAGCAGACGGCGCUCUCGCACCUGUUCAACCAGGCCUACCCGCAGACCAGCUCCUCGGCCCAGAGCUCCAGCACUGGACAGUUGCUCAACAGCAUUGUCCACUCCUUCCUGUCGGCCAGCGAAUCUUCCGGCACGUCAGUGCCGGCGCCAAGGAAUCCCCAGCUCCAGGCGGCGCGUAAUGCCGUGCUCUCGCACCUGCCAAGGAUCAUGAGCAGCGUGGCUGCCAUUUGGGACAGCGAACUGGGACAGCUACGACCGGUGCGGCAGCAGCUUUUGGAGUUUCUGUCGCCGGUCUCACUGCAUCACGGCUGCAACUUCCUGGCCGCCGUUGCCGUCACCUGGCAGCAGCGCGGCGUUGCCGCAAAUAUGAGUGGUCUGAGCAUCUCGGAGCAGUUCCAGCGCAACUCCACGCUGCAGGCGUGUCCCGCCCAGCUCUCGCUCGUGUCCCUGGUGUCUAGCAUUCGCGUGAUGCCGAUGGACUCGUUCGUUAUGACCCUGCAUCAUGUGGUUCGCUCGCCACCGCCGAUCCACCGACCGCCUGCCCAGCUCAGCAUCGAGGUAAGCUCGUUGGAGCUAUUUUACUUCUACAUGCGAUCGGCCCCGGCUCCCCAGCUGGCCGAUGCCUGGAGCUCGCUGCUCGCCCUCAUCCGAGAUGGAUUGAACCUGACGCCUCCAGCUCAGUUCGCUCUGCUGAUGCUGCUCAACGAGUUCGUUCAGCGUUGUCCGCAGAUGCCCUUCCAGGACAAGAAGGAGGUUCGAGAGCUGCACGACGUCACCUCGCGGCUGGUGGACUCGCUGUCCAGCGUGGCUGGCUCCUGUCUGGAGCAGACCACCUGGCUGCGUCGCAACUUGGCCGUUAAAGAGGACACCGAUGGCUUGGCCAAGGACAACAGCGUAGGCGGCGGUGGACUGCAGCAGUACUCCCUCCAGGCGCAGAGCGUUCUGGCAGCCAUCCUGUCGAACCUGCUGGACGUGGCAUACGGGUCACAGGAGAAGGACAAAGUGGUUAAUAUUGUCACCCCGCUGCUGUAUAAUAUAACUCCGUACUUGAAGAAUCACACGGCUCGGAACGUGCCCUUCUUCUACGCCUGCUCGGCGCUCUUGGCUAGCCUGAGCGGGUAUCAGUACACGAGGAAGGCGUGGCGCAAGGAUAUGCUGGACCUGCUGCUGGACAACGCCUUCUUCCAGAUGCACCUCUCGUGCCUUCCCUUUUGGCGCAUGAUCAUGGACAGCCUAAUGACGUACGACAAUACCACAUUCCGGGAGCUAAUGACCCGCGUUUCGCUCUCACAGGCGGGCAGCCUCAACAUCUUUACAUCGCGCGACCAGGAGUACGAACAGCGGGCCAUGCUGCUCAAGCGUCUGGCCUUUGUCAUCUACUGCAGCGAGUUUGAUCAGCACAACAAGUACAUGCCGGAUAUCCAGGAGCAACUGGCCAACAGUUUGCGACUCGUUCCAAUGGGUCCCUCCGUUCAGGCCGCCGUGUUCCUGUGUUUCCGUGUGCUCCUCCUCCGCAUGUCACCCGACCACGUAACCUCCCUGUGGCCCAUCAUUAUUGCGGAAAUGGUGCAGGUGUUCCUGCAAAUGGAGCAGGAACUCAAGUCGGAGAGCGAGGAGAGAAACCAACAAAUGCGCAUGCCCUCGGGUAUUGAUGUCUCCUGGUCCUCCGCUUCGACAGCCAGCAAUGGCUACAGCUCCCAGACUCCUAUGCAGCACUGGCGCUCGGUACAGCUGGAGGCUUGUAAGCUCCUUGAAUUAGGAUGCGUGCUGCCGGCCACCAAGUUGCCGCAUUUCCAGAUGUAUCGUUGGGCCUUCGUGGGCACCGAGUUCGACGUGCACGAGGAGGAGGUGCGGCUCCCUAAUGGCAGCCUAGAGAACCUGGCCAUGCUGCCCAGUGCUAUCUACGUUCCGCAUGUAAGACGGUUGGUCAGAUUGAUGGACAUGAAGUAUACUAGCCAGUCGCCGCUUUUGCAACGGCCCAGCAACCGGCAUCUGAUGCUGCAUUUCCAGCAAUUGCAAUCGCUGCAGGAGCUGUACGCCUUCUUCUCCACAUUGGGCUUCAAUUGCCCGCAGCCGAGAAACUUUGCCGACACGGAACAGGAUGUGGCUAACUGCCUGCAGGAGAUCGAGGAGGUGCUGGCCAAUGACUUCCUGGAGAAGCUGCCCAGUAUCACCACGCCCAGAUGAAAGCCGGUUGCCGUUCACCGGCCGCCGACGCAGUCGCAGAUCCAAGCGAAUGGAUCUCAAUUCGAGCUCAAGCUGAAUCUGAAUCUGAAUCUAGGCAUGGAGUCUGCCUUGGAGGCAGGCCAGCCAUCGCGCAUCCUGGCCGCCGUGCAGGCCAAGCUAAGCAGCCAAAAUGCCGAGACGAGCUUCAUGCAGCAGACCCAACACACCAACAAUAACAAGAAGACCAACUUUCCAUUUUAUGUCUAAGCAGGGUGAGGAGGAUGUAGCGCUGGAUCAGGAGAUGACGCCGAUAGUAUGAUAGCUAGCUAUAUAGAUAGAAAUGUCCGUAGUGUGAUCGAUCGUUUUAACUGUUGUGUGUUUGAGGAGGACUAGCACCCCGUAAUUGUAUAUGUAUAACUAUAAUAUAACCAUAACCAAUGUAUCUAACUGUUGAUAGUUGCGGAUGUUCCGGAUGUGAAUAAGAAGAGAGACAAAACU